AUGUAUGUGAAAUGCUUUGAUACAGUAAUGUUUUACUAUGUGAUUUUAGUAUAUUUAGUGAAUGUCACUUUUUCACAUUUUUAAAUUUCCCGCCGUUCCGUCUCCGUACAUCUUGACGUCGCAGGGAAUGGAACCCAGAAGACAGAUGCCGGCAUCGCCAGAGGACAUUGCCGGGGACACUGCAGGAGGGACAUCGUGGGAGCGAAGGACAAGGUAAGUGGAGAAGAGAUCCCGGAGCAGCGCUGCAGGGAAUACCCGAGGGUAGCUCAGGGUUACCGCUUGUGCUACACUCGGGAAUACCUCCAGGGAGGUUA